CCUUCCACUUCCUUAGGGCUCUUUCACCGCGUCCUUUGGUCCUUUGUCUCGACGGGGUUUCCUCGUCCUUUCUUUUCCUUUCGAUUCCGCUUUUGUUUCUUUUAUUCUUUACUUCGAAGAAUCUCUUCGUUCCUCGCGAGAAGCGCGGAUCUUAUUUUUUCUCUUUUCCACUCUCGCUCGCAGUCUCCGCAUCCGUUACAUCCCGAUCGAAACGAUUGUCGCAAUUUUCCUUUCUCUCUCUCUCUCUCUCUCUCUCUUCACACGUCCAUUCUCUCCUUCCCGUUUGAUUCAACGGCGCGCAUCGCGAACAAGGCCUACCCCAACUCACCAAUUUUCCCUCUCCCACGCUCUUAUUUCAUUUCCUUCUCGUUCUAACCACCGCCCCGAGCGACCUCCUCCCGCCGCUUUUCUCGCUUCGCGGACUUUUGUUUCAUCUUCUCUCUUUCAUCUACCUCGCCUCGGAAUCUUCGUCUUGCUCCUCCUCGCAGAUGAGCGGAACUCGCAGGUCUCAUCAACCACCGGCGAGCCUCACCCUCCAACAAACCCCCUACAAACGCCGCCUCCUUCUCUCUCUUCCUCUCUCCACCGUUUUUCUAACUUUACCUCCCUCGUUUUUGCCCUUUUUCUCCCUCUCCAUCUCCCUCUCUCUCGCUCUCGGUCUCCGCUCGGCUCUCGCUAUUUCUCUCCCUCUCUCGCGACUUUGAGAGGCCGUGGGAGCCAGGGAGAAUUCAACCCCCUGUCCCGGUGGCGAAACGGACCACCUCGCAGUGUUGCCUACCGCGCCACGGAGCACAACACUCGCCGUUCGAACAAUAUUAUACAUACACGUUACACCUACACAAUUUUAAGAGCCCGAAAUAAUGAUAAACUCGCAUGAAUAAACUUAAUUAAUGAACUAAUCGAUCUAUUAAUUUAUUCAUUUUAAAUAAAUAUACGGAAAUAAACGGGAGAAGAAAACUCGAAACAGUAGCUCAAAGUUGUGCGAACUUUUGUACCCAAAAAAUCAUUUCGUUUCGCGGAUUAUCGAGUUAAUUUUGACUCGCGCGGUUUUGACGUCGAAACAAAAAAAAUGAUUUAGAAAAGAUAAACAUGAAAAUUUCAUUGAAAGCAUAGAGGAAACAGCAUCGGUCUCCGGUCCAUCGCAUCCUCGCCGUAAAGAUUCUUACAACGAUCGCAAAAUAGAGAGAAAAAUCUAGCAGUGCCCUCGGACAAUUGACCGAUGAAAUAACGACAGUUGUAAUUCACAAUAAGAAGCCUCGACUUCGGGCUUUAUCGAGUUUAGAUAAUUCGGAUGCUGCGCUGCGGCAAGUCGUUUUUCUUCACAUAUCCAGUCUCAUCGCAUAUCGACCACCGCCGCUCCACCACCUCGGACAGACCCUUUGAACAUAUAAUGUCGUUGGAUAUUCCGCUGAUAUCCUCGGACGAAAAAAACGAGGAACACCGAGUGCUCGAGAACAAACGGGAACGAAUGAAUUCGUGAGUUUGACGAAUCAUCUUUUGCGGAGGCACGAAAACUAGGAAACCACUUUUGGCUCGUAGAAUAAUCGCGAUUCUUGGGCGAGAGACGAUCGAUGAAAACAUGAUCGAUUCGCGUCAUCACUCGUUCAGGUCCUCCCUUUAACAACGAGCGAUUCGAACCACGAUACUUUUUCGUAUCGUCGAGAGGACGGAAACAAGUAUUUGACAGAGUACCUACUCGCGCACAGUGAUGACGUUUUAUUAACCAAUCUAUGGAAUAAACUAGGAAAUAUAACAAAUGAAUUAUUAGCGGACAAAAAUAAAAGAAACGUUAUACCUGCUACUAGGAUUUCACACUCGGAAGGUGCCUAAAAUCAUUCAAUAAACUAGUGCCUAAAUAAUGAAAAAAAAAGCAACAAAUAUACAUCGUAUAACGCGCAAUAAUAGUACGAGAAUUUAUUUCGCCUUGAGUCGCCGGAGCGGAGUUAAAACGGACGUGACGGGAUUAAACUGUCGGUGAACUUGUUGCUGUCGUUGCAAAAAAUCAUCCGCGGGAUUGGCGAAUCGUUGGUUCCCGAAUUUGAAGAAAUACUCGCUCCCGUGGCCCCUUGAAAGACGCUCGAUUGCUCCAAGUUCAGUUUGAAAUCGUCGGAAAAAGGCAGGAUCACGAUUUAUUUUGGAGUUAAGUGAAAAUUGAGGAAACCCUUGAGGAUUACGUGCGAAACAGAGCGGCGAGAAGAAGCCACCGGAAACGAAUGUUCUUCUCGAGGGGCUCCGUCACAAGGACGAUUCCACGAGUCGAAAGCUUCUCGACGAAGUUGUCUCACGACUCCGACAACAAUAUUAAAGCCUCCACCAAAAAUCCUUCGAGCGAUAUAUUCAAUUAUUUAAAUCGAUCGAAAUUCGCUAAUUGUAAUCUGCCACUCGUCAUCGUUCUCAGUGAUGUCACAAUUAAUGUUAUGCAAUCUUGCCAACACCUCGAACGCGGGAAAUGAUACGAACAAUAACGCUAACACCAACAGCAGCAUGGAGGACGAUGAUUCUUAUCCACUGCCUACGAUUUAUAGGUGUCGAGCACCCAUAGCGAGUCUGGAUUGCAUGGAAGAGUUCAAUGGUGGCGGGGGUGGCGCAGGAGAUUCUGGAGUUCACUGUAGCACGACCGGGGGCACGAAGGAACAAUUGUUGACGAAUUGCAUCGCCGCACAGGCACAUCGCUCACAACAUCCUUCGCCAGGUAUUCGCUACCGCAACUUGGGCAAAAGCGGUCUACGUGUUUCCAAUGUUGGAUUAGGAACGUGGACAACAUUUGGAGGUGUGGGCGGUUGCAUAAGCGAGGAAACCGCCGAAGCUGUGGUCGCCCUCGCAUACGACAGUGGCAUCAACGUGUUCGAUCUUAGCGAAGCGCACAGUGGUCAUCGCGCGGAAACACAAUUGGGCAGAAUACUCCUUCGUCGUGCCUGGAAUCGCUCGAGUUACGUUGUGACUACGAAAAUUUAUUGGAACACCAAAACCGAGGGCCGGGGAUUAUCUCGUAAACACAUUAUUGAAUCUGUCCAAGCCUCACUCGCCAGACUGCAAUUGUCGUACAUAGACAUCGUCAUGAUUCACAAAGUUGACCCAAUGUGCCCGAUGGAAGAAAUAGUACGAGCUAUGAAUUACUUGAUAAGCAAAGGUUGGGUCAUGUAUUGGGGCACGUCUCGUUGGACCCCGGUCGAAAUAAUGGAGGCUUACACAAACUGUCGACAAUUUAAUUGCGUUACCCCGAUCGUCGAGCAGGCCGAGUAUCAUCUCUUCUACAGAGACAAACCGGAGCUCUACAUGCCAGAAUUGUACAAUAAAAUUGGUGUCGGAUUGAUGGCGUGGUCGACCGUGACGAUCGGUAUGGUCUCCCCGAAACCCGAUGAUUGCGGAGUUUCGCUACUUUCGCGAUCUUCUUACAAGAAUAAGUAUUCGUCGUUUAGUUGGACGGAGGACGAGACACAAUCGUUGUACAAAGAGAGUAUACGCGGCUCCCUGACUCAAGAAUACGGUUGGAAAGAGAAACCGGUGGAAGAAGAGACGAGAAAGUACUCGGACAAAUUGAGGGACGUUUGCGCCCUUGCCGAGAGACUCGGUUGCUCCUUUGGCCAACUCGCAAUCGCGUGGUCCCUCAAGAAUGAAAGUGUCCAGUGCCUUCUUCUCGGAGCAUCCAACACAGAUCAACUCUACGAGAGUUUGCAGAGCUUGCAGCUCAUUCCAAAGCUCAACACGAACAUGAUGAACGAAAUCGAGAGAAUACUAGACAACAAGCCUUGCCGUCCACCAAUGGUAUCGACACUUGCGCUCAGAUGACAAUCGAUGUGCCCCCAUGGCAGCACUGGGGGCUCACUCGAAGAGGGUGCAUCUAGUCCUAAGAGCGAGGGUGGAAACAGCCAGGAUCAGGAGCAGACCAAUAAAGACGUGACCAAUAAACUCCCGUUCUGUGAGAUUCAGUGAAGCGCUCGCUCGACAAAAUGAUACGAGAAACAGUCGAGAAUGGAAGAGAAAUGAGAGAGGAGGAUUGAUGAAAUUUGAGGAAAAGGGGCGCUGAAAAAUAAUUGCAUUAAGGAUGCGCGAGCCAAGAUGGGAGGCACAAGAACGAGUUUUAUGGCGAGCGGCACUCGCGAAGUUUGAGAGAAAAUGGAGAAGCAAAACACGAAUAAAAUUUCGAGCUCGUUCGGCUAUUUUGUGGCUCACUAUUUCCCGGUGAAAAUAAAAAGGGAAAGAUAAUUUAACGAAACCGAUGAUUCCUCGUAACUGCAGGCUCACGUACGCGAAGAACUAACAAAAAUCGCAACCCACAACGUUGUUUCAAGCCUCCAACAUUUUUAUCGACCUCUCCGAAGCUCGAUUUUUUAUUUCAUUGCGAAAUGAGAUCGGAGCCCAGCGCCCUGUCAUGCAAUUUUAAUAACGAGAGCCCAAGACAAUACCGCGAAGGAUUUAAAAACCGACGACAAUUACAACAGUGCAUCACCUCGGUUUUUCACUUCGGUGAAACAAAACAAAUUACUAAUGAAAAUUCAAAUAACUACAUUUUACAUCAUUUUGGAGGGACGGACUUUUCGCUUCGUCGCGAUCCUCGCUGAUCAACACUUCGGGCUGGAUGAAUUUCGAUGUCGACGAAUCCACGAAUAUUAUUGAACAUUUGAAAACGAAUUUCAAAGCGUACACAAACGAAUCAUACGAGCAAAAAAAACCAUUCGUUCUAGAUCGCCAGGAACUUGAUCCUGAAAACUUGAAAGUUUCGUUUUCAGGCUCACUGAAUUUCGAUAGCAGAGAGAAAUCAAUAAAUUCAAAGUUAUCUUUCAUUGAUCAAUCGAAGGUUGCGAUGUCCGAGAUAAAAGUUCAAAAUUAUUUUUUUCAUUGUGCGCAAAUGAUUUUUCAAAUUAUGAAAAACAAAGUGCUUUCCUGAUAAGUUUUUUUCAAUAAUGUUUUACAAAAGAUUCUGAAAAAAUGAUUGAGCUGCUCCAAGCUUUUGAAAACUGCGUUAAACCGUUGUCGUGAAGAGUGUGUGUGCGUGUGUGUGCGCGCGCGCGUGUGUGUGUGUGGGUGUGUGUAUGUUUUUUUUUAUCGGAGAAGAUGCAACAGCUUAUUCAAAUUCGUUUUUAACAGACAUUUAACCGUAAAAAUCGUUAAUUUCUUAUCUCCCUUUCCGCGAAUUUCCACACGCCUAUUAAAACUAUAAUUAUAUACGAUGUCGAACACGCCGGUAAAAAAAAAAUGUAAAAUAUUGUUCGCGACGCGAAGGACGUGGACAGAGUCACGAAAAAGUGGUUAAAACGAGGAAAAAAAUACGAAAAAGAUAGAAGAGAAGUCGCGUUUACAUUUUUGAUAAUUCGUUGAUUAAUUCAUUAUCAAAUAUCAAAUAAGCCUUGCAAGCUAAUCCUUGACAAAUAGAUUUAACUAUCGUAGGUCAUGCAAGAUCAAUAAAAAGGUUAAUGAGGAAUAAAUGGAGAGGAAGAGCAGCCGGUUAGUCUGACUUUAUCGCACUCGAGCGUUUCUCCGCGGAAGAUUUUUUCAAUGGGAUACAACCGAAAGCGAGAGGGAAAAGAAAUUCUGUCGGAUGAUCGAAUCGUGUUAAUGAAUCGAGGCAUUUAUUAUCCCUCCAAAGUAAUUUUUAAUCAUUCAUUGCUCAUAUACGCCAGCACACUUAGGAUAAACGAAAUAUGAAGAAAGAGUCGCGAGUGAAUUUCGAGUUUAUGAGUCAUUGGAAGAAGAGAGAGAGAGAGAGAGGGAGAGAGCUGAGAAGAAAUUAAUCUCGUAGAGACGCGAAAGAAAUUGCAUUUUUAUUCUCUCGUCUAAUAAGAACCGCAAUUUUCCCUCAGCCCAAAGCAAUCUCCUUUACAAUUAAUUAAUAAUGAGAUUGAUAAAUGUGAUCGAGUCUCUCGCUUCUCGAGUUUAUUUCGCCUUGUUUAUUUUUCACUCCAAAAUAUUUCAUUAAUCAAUUAAUUAAUCAACAAUCUCGAGACGUUGUUGCGAGAACUUAUUUCUCUCCUGUUUGCAACGAGGGCGGAUUCGAAAUAAGAUCUCGAGAGAAUCCUCGAGACGAGUUCAAUUUUCCACACAAAAAUAUCAACUUUAAACAAAUUUUCAUUUUAAAAAACAACCUAAUUACAAUACGAGAAGUGAUCGAGAGUUUACGAUAACGAGAGACGAACCGCGUCGAAUGGCAAUUCUAAUAUAUUUUUUAUCGCCAAUAUCGAAUAUAUAUAUAAAUCAGUAGUUUGGUAUGCCGGUCCAUACGAUAAAGAGAAUAAUUGAAUUUAAAAUUAAACUAAUAUAAAUAUAUAAACAUGUGUAUAUAUUUACAUAUGAGGAUUAAACAAAACAAUUAAUAACAAUUUAAAGAGCGCCCGAUAUACUACUGUGUAGGAUACGACGAAAAAAACAAAAACCUUGAUAAAAACAAGAGAACAAAAAAAAACAAAUAAGCAUUAACGAGAAGUGACGAGAAGUGCUGUCGUGAAAUCGCGUUUAGACUGCCUCGCUCAUCGCGAAUUUCACGAAUUUUAUUAAUCAUAUAAUAACAAAAGAAAAGGGAAAAAAAAAUUAAUAAACGAGCCAGGAGAAAAAUACAGUGAGGAGGGUGGGGCGAAGCAUUUUCGAAGCUUGAAUCACGACGCGGAUACGUUUUCCGCUUUUCAUGCAAACGCCAUAAUAAUUUGAAGAGAAAUUAAUAAUAAUAAUUAUAAGAAAACGAUUAAUAGGGAAUAUUGAAAUUUGAAGAAAAAAAACGAAAAAAAAAAAAAUUGAAUAACGAACGAACGAAUAAAACCCUAUUCGAGAAACCGGGUUUAUUGUCCUACACAUCUUUUGCAAGCUUUGUCAGUCUCCUUAGAUUUGUAUAUAAACGCGCCAGCGCGCUAAGUGAAGGAAAAGAAAAAAAAACAAUAAUUAACAAAAAAAAAACCAAAACUAUUCAAGGAAAGCUCCAUAUUACAUAAAUUAUUAUAUCUAAUCGAUUUCUUCGAGUACGAAACCAAGGAGUAAUAAUGAAAGUCGUGAUAGAACACCAUCAUAUCGUUAGUCAUUAAAAAAAUUUAAAAAAAAAAAAAAAACCGAAAAAAAAACAGCGAGAAAAAAACGAAAAAAAAGCCCAAAAAAGGGAAUAAAAAUCAGAAAUUCUUCACCGGUUUCUCGCACGUUUGAAUCUUUUAUUUAUUAGCAUUAUUUACAUUCACGAGUUUUAUUCAUUCACGAGUUUCGCUUCUUUUAAUAAUACCACGAGGCGUACCGGAGAAUAAACGACUAAUGAACGAGAUAAAUCGGUGAAAAAAGGAACACGCAAUACGACACUCCGGAACGAGUAGAAAUAAUUUUCUUCGAACAUUUCUUCGAACUUAUCACUCAUAUUUAGACAAUUUGACGAAGAAACGAGCACACAUCACUGUCAAACUGAAAAGAAAAAAUGUAAUAAACAAAAAAAUAUUAAAAAUAAAAAACAAGCGAAAAUUAAAAAAAAAAAAAAAAAAAAAAUAAGAAAUAUCGUUCGACACACGCUUCGGAAAAACGCAAUUUAGUAAAUUCAUCGGGGUGAUGCGAGUGAUACGACGAUUUAAAAAAAAAGGACGGAAAGGAAAAUGAAGUAAAAAUAUUCUAUAUAGGACAACGGAGAGGAUAGGAGCAGAGAAAAAAAUUGUGAUUGAAAAACCAGCACGUUUGAAAAAAAACUAAAAAAAAAAAAAGAACAAAAAAAAAGACAAAAGAACCUUUUUAUUCGUGCUGUACAAAAUGAAUUAUUAUUAUUAUUAAUAAUCAAUCCUCCGAUGUGACGAAACCUCGAAUUAUGAGAUCGUCGAUCAACGACACUUUUGGGGAUGAUGAACUAUUGUUUUUAUCAUUGUUAAGUCGACAUACGAGUUGUUUAAUAAAAUUUAGACCGCGGAACAGAAA